ACAAAAUGGCACAGAUCAAGGUACACUGAUCAGUCGAGUUCAUUCGUAUAAUUCAUAGGUCUUUUAUCUUGUCAAGUAUGUCUGACUUCAUUUAGCAAUUCCGUGGAAUAACAGCACGGAAUGUGAAACUCCCGUGUGCAAUUUCCUUGAUGCACCUCAGCACACCGACUUCCUGGUGUUCGCAAACUCGAUGGAUAAAAACAAAGUAGGCUAGCAACACUUCUAGAAUGAGCUAAGCAACGGUCUAUUCCAUUUGUUGCUUUACCUGAAAACAUAAGAAGAACUGUGUCUUGUCUGUAGAUACACGUUAGUCUACAUCACCAUAGGACGUCGUGUGCCUUUUUAUUUUAAAUGUUAGGCACUGAGAUAUAGAACUAGCCUAUUAGCAUGAGUCGCCGUGUGCAGAUUGUUUCUCGCCCGCAGCCUAGUGGCUCUGCCGCUUCGGACCAGGAGCUGGCGAGGAAAAUGCGAGAACUGGAUUGGAUUCAGAAGCAGAUCGCCGACAAGAAGAUGAACAUCGCACAUAAAAAGAAGCCAAACUAUGACGAGGAUGAGUGGGACAGACCGCGAUCCUCCAGGGAACCGAGAACUGAACGUGGCACGCCACCUGCGAGACCCACCGCAUCUCUACACAGGCCUUCUAACCAGCAACCAGAUGGCAUGCGUCUCUCAGACAAACAGAUGAACAUUUUGAAAGACAUGAUGCUGCCCCCUUCCCCUUCCAGCUCAACUUCGAAUCUGAGGAGAAAUACAGAGAGUUUGCAUAGCGACCACAAGUCAGAGUCAUCACGUGGCUACAAGAGUCGAGGCGAAGAGAGCGCCAACCAACCAUCCAAAGGUUACGAUCACCUACUGGGCACGCUCAGCCAGUGCAUGGACGCCGGCCUGCUGUCGCAGCUGAUGAGGGCCAACCAGGACAGAAAACCAGCUGCCUCUACACAACUCGAGAGGUACAGACUCGAGUCCUCGAGAGACGACAGUUCCAGGGACAAGUGGAGGGACAUGGACAGACGGCCAAGAAACGACCGCGAGGACUUCCGAGGCGGCGGUGGCUCCGGAGGACCGAGAAGCAGGUCCACAGAGAGGGACAGACACUCAGAUCGGCGGAUGUGUGACUCGAAAGAAACGAUGGGCAGGGGCCGUUAUUCCAGAGAGAGAGACGGGAGCAGGGAGUCGAGAGACCGAGACCGGAACUGGCAGUCGAGCGAGAGAGACCGGGGUCGCGACUCCGAGAGAGACAGAGGUCAUCACUCGAGAGACAGAGAGAGACCGCGUUACUCCAGAGAUGGAGACAGGGGUGGUGACGACUACAGAGAUCGACACCGGGAGCCGGAGUCGAGACAGAGCAAUAGGAGCUGGGAUUCGAGAGAGGCCGACAAGGACUCGAGACACAGACAACACGACUCGAGAGACGGUUACAGGAACGCCGCCGAUCGAGGCAGGAGAUCUCAGUCAGCGGACAGGGACAGGGACGGAGAACGAAGGACGAGGGACUCAAGGGAUUCCAGAGACCACAGGCGCGACUCCCGCAGUCCACGGAGAGAAUAUUCGCGAGAUCGCCACGGCAACAGGAGAAGCAGGAGCAGGAGCAGGAGCAGGAGCAGGAGCAGAUCGUCAAGGUCCUACUCCUCCUCUUCUUCAGAUGACGAAGUGUCGAUCGAAAAGAGGGAGCAGCUUGCAAGGAUCAAGACUUUGCUUAAGGUGGCCGGGUUGGACCAUUUGACGAGCCAGACCGAGGACAUCAUCUGCGGGAAGAAGCGUGCAAGGUCAUCAUCUUCGUCGUCAGGCAGCUCGGAUGAUUACUCGAGACGAGGCAGGAGAAGCCGUUCCCGGGAGCUCGGCAGUCGUUACCGUGACUCCGAACGCUCCCGGCGAGAUUCGAGAACGGAGCAGCAGGGACUGCCAUUAGGAGCCUAUGGAAACUACACAGGGGCCUACCAGAGCUGGUACAACGGUAUGUACCAUAGCAGCUAUGUCCACAACUGGACCGCUGCAGCAGGAUGGAGUGGAGCAGGACCUCCACCGCUACCUCCUACGGCCAUCCAUCCAUCGCCAUUUGGCCCGUAUGGUGCUAGUGGUGCUCUGCCGCCAGGCUCUGUGCCAUUAUCUGGUCCACCUCCAUUACUCACAGGUCCCAGGGCGCCUUACCCGCUCACACCACCGGCACCACUGCUGUCACAGUACGCACUCCUCAAAGAACCGUCAGGAUCAAAAUCCAAGGGCGGCGGACUUCUGCCCACUCCUGGACUUCUGCCCACCCCUGGACUCUUGCCUACUCCUCUACAUCCUCCACCCCUGCUUUUACAGAGUGACAUCCAGGACAUUAGGACCCGUACAAGGGACGCCCGUGUCAGAGAACCCCGUCAGCCGCUUGCCAGGGACUCGCGUGACGCCCGGGACUCGCGUUACUCCAGGGACUCCCGUCAUCCACUUGCCAGGGACUCGCGUCAGCCUCACACCAGGGAUUCUCGUCAGCCUCGGCUGCAGGACAGGGAUGCUGCACGUCAUCCACAAACCACCUCUAAAAGGUCCAGGAGGGAGGACGAGGAUAAAGAGCGAGAGAGAAGGAGGAGGGAGUCGCCGGAAAGGGACAGGAAGCCGAGGAGCAGAGAAGCGGAAGAGUCGAGGCACAGGAAGAAAAAAGAGACUUCCACCAAGGCUGACGACGCUGCACGCUUGCCAAAGAAAUCGAAAAAAUCGAAGGAAGAAGACGCAGGUUCAGAUUCUGCAGCUAAGGCACCUCGGACCAAAGAGACUGCUCGAGAAGAACGUAAGAAACAUGCCAAGAAAGACACGGAGGGGAAGACCAAAACAAAGAAGAAAAAGAAACGGUCUGCUGCGUCACCUAGCACAGCUGACGAUGCUGUUGUGUCGUCUGCUGCAUCACCAGUAACUGCCCAAGCUGCUGCAACUGAGACUUCUACUCCAGAUUCUGACACACCCACUGCUGGCUGUGCAGUGGCUAAAGCAACCAGUGCAGGAGAGAGUGAAACAACCAACGCGGCAGGCGCUGAAACAACCUCUGCAGCAGCAGCUGAAACAACCACCGCAGUAGCAGCUGAAACAACCAAAGCAGUAGAGACAGAAAUAUGCAACUCUGCAGGAACUGAAGCACCUAAUGCAGCAUCAAUUGGAACACCCAAAGCAUCUGCAACUGAAAUGCCUGAUUCAUUACCAACUGAAACUUCCGAUUCUCAUGCGACUGAAACGCCUAAUGCAGAUUCCACAAUGUCAGAGGUUGCAGAGGCAGAAGAACCUAAAACGCGAGCAGCGAAGAAAUCGGUCCAGGCAAAGAGGAAGAAAAAGGCAGUAACGACGAGAAAAAAGAAACCACCUGCCACGAGACUUACCAGAGCUGCUGCUGCUGCCGCUGCAGCUGCUGCUUCUGCUGCCGGUAAUGACGACGAUGAUGAGGAUGGUGGUGAUGGUGAGGAAGAUGAUGCAAAAUCUCCUGUUACUAAUGAUGCUGUUGUGACUGAAACUCCCAUGGCAGAUUCUGAUACACCGUCUGCAGAUUGUGCAGUGGAAGAAGAAACCAACGCAGCAGAGAACGGAGAACUUGCUGCAGCAACAGCAAUUGAAACGCUCAACGCAGCAGCAGCAGCAGCAGCAGCAGCAGCAGCUGAAACGCCCGAUUCUGAUGCAACAGCAACUGAAACGCUCAAUGCAGCAGCGGCAGCUGAAACGCCCGAUUCUGAUGCAACCAAAACACCUAAUGCAGACUCUACAAUGACGGAGGCUACGGGUGCAACAGCAACUCGUAAAAAACGACCAGCAAGGAGAGCGGGGGGCAGGAGGAGGAAGAGGAAGGCGCCCGCGAAGAAAAAAAACACUGCAUCUGUAGCACGUGCCACAGCUGAUGACGACAACGAAGACGACGACGAUGACAACGAUAAUGACGAAGAUGAUGAUGACGCUUCUGCAUCAACAGCACCUACCUCAGCUGCUGUCGCUGAGACGCCGAAUGAAGGUUCUGCUGUGACCAUAACGCCUGCUGCAGAUUCUGCUGUGACCGUACCAGCCACUGCUGCGGUUACCGAGACCUCAGAGACUGUACCAGAGACUGUUAUAGACGGUGCUGAAUCCUCCGUUGCAGAUUCUUCUGUACCUGAGGCACCUACUGCUGAGGGUGAAAAUGCCAUGGACAUUUCAGAUUCUGCAGAUAAAAAUACAACAUCUGCUGCCGAUUCCUCUGUGACAAACACAUCUAUUGCAGAUUCUGCUGAGGCAGUACCACCCGCUGCCACUGUGACUGAGACCUGCAGCAAUGCAGCUGUGGCUGACACGGUAGAUGCUGCAGUGACCACAGCAGCUGAAGUUGACCCAUCACUUGCAGAUUCGGCUGUAACCUUACCACCUGCUGCAACCUUACCACCUGCUGCAGUGUGUCCUGUGUCAGAGACGUCUGUUGCAGAUUCGGCAGUCACUGCAACACCUUCAGCAGAUCUAGUUGAGACAUCUAGUGCAGAUUCUGCCGUCAACGCAACACCUUCAGCAGAUCUUGUUGAGGCAUCUAUUGCAGAUUCUGCAACUGCAAAUGCAACACCUGUUUCAGAUCCUGCUGUGACUGAGCCGUCUGUUUCAGACUCUGCAGCUGAAAAUGCAAACCCUGUUUUGGAUUCUGAUGUGGCCAUGGCACCCAUUGCUGCAGUAACAGAGCCACUCACUGCAGAUUCGUGUGUGGCUGAGCCAUCUACUGCCGAUUCUGCAGAGACUGCAACACCUGCAAUUGUGGCCGAGACAUCAGCUGCAGACUCUGAGAAGGAGACCCCUACUCCAGUUACAAACGCUGCAGCUGCUUCAGACUCUGCAGAGACAGUGACACCUGAGACUGAUGCAGCUACUGCAGAUGUUGCUGAAGAGGAGACGCCUACUGUAGCCGCAAGUGUUGCAACAGCUGCAGAUUCUGCAGAGACUGUAACACCCGAGACCGGUACACCUACUGCAGAUGUUGCUGAAGAGGAGACGUCUACAGCAGCCGCAAGUGUUGCAACGCCUGCAGCUACAGAUUCUGUUGUGACCGCACUGCCCACCGCAGAUCCUGUUGUGACGGAGACGUCCGCUGCAGCUGUGACUGAGACAACUGCUUCUGCUGCUUCUGCUGCUUCUGCAGAUUCUGCUGUAACCGUGGAAACAGCGGACGCAGAUCCAUUGGUCACAGAGACACCUGUUGCAGAUUCUACUGUGACGCCAACUCCUGCCGCAGCAGCAGUUACAGAUUCUGCUUCGGGCUGAGGUUGGGCUUGAAACUUAUGCGGAAACUGCAAAGUGUGGCAACGCAAGUGUAGACUCACAGCAGGUAAUCAAGGACACUCAAGUGUGUGCCUCUCACAAAAGAAAGACUUUUAAAGUUUUUGAUCUUGUGAGAAAUAAGAUGACACCACGUCUGUUAAUUCCUGAAGCCACCUAGCUAAAAUAGGAUUGUGGACACGUUCAUAAGUGAAACAUGAAUGGUUUCUGGUCUGAAUUAAUAGAUUGGAAGGGAUGAACAGAUCCUAGGCAAAUUGGCACCAGGUUGUAGACUCCCCACAUAGCUGUGACUACUCACUUCCCAUCCGUCUUCCCAUUGUCACCUUUGUAUUCUGCCUUGUCCCUUCACCUGUUUCCAGGUGUGUGGCUGUGUAUAUAGCAUGUAUAUAUUUGUACAUUGUGUGUACCUUUACAGAUGAUUGCAGUUACUUUUUUCCUUAAGGUUUAAUCUAUACCAUAGUUUGUUUUUUCAUAGCAAAGUGUUUGGAAACUGCUUUAUUUUCAAGUUCAAGUGUCUCAAACUACAUUUGACCAUUUUUUUAGAUAACUAUGGUGGGUCCUUAAGACCCACACACAGACGAACCCUGUUGUGUAUGUGUGGAUAAGAAAAAGCUAAUUGAACCCAUUGCUAAUGGUGAACACGGUGCCCAACAGAUACUCAAUAACCAUCUCUGAACAGCUUCAUGUGCUGGUAUGAUCAAAUAUGUACUGUAUGGUUCAGCGGUUUGUGGGUUCUUGAGACAAAGACAGUACGUUCCCACAUUCAAGAUAUAGUUGGCUUAACUAAGCAGUUGUGUUAACAAAUUUAACUCUUAAUUUCAUUCAGUUCAUCAAAAUGAGUUUCAGCAAGGUUGGAGGCUAUGUGGUCUGUACUGGAUGUAUACAAUAAAUUUUGCAUCUGUUAAAAAAGGUUGUGGCACAUGUUUUCACUUCCAUGCUUACCAGGCAUAUUUAAGUUAACUAAGCUACCCAAACAACUACUCAAGGCAGGUAUUUAAAAAAAAAAAAGUGGUUCACUCACCAAGUUAACCUGAUGGAAUAGUAAAUCGGAUACUAAAAAGAGCCUGAAGUCCUCAUCAUCUUAACUAAAUGAGGCCUCAUCUAUUACCAGAUUUACAACUUUACCACUUACAGGUUGACUUACAGUAGAUGGUGUUUACACGUAUCCGGAUAACUUUUUAAAGGUGGAUAUUCUUUUAUGCUAUUUAGUUGUAAACUCAACAUGUGUAUAAAAAUUAAACCGUCAUUGUAAAGUACGUUUUGGCCUCCUAAAUGGGAUAUUUUUUAAAGCAAGAUUUUUGAUAGACGGAUUUUAAAGCUCUGGAUUUGGCCUUCCAUUUACUCGUGAACAAUGUGUUUUCAAAAAGCUCCAUAUAAGUGUAAACAGUAUUGUCACAACAGGGUUGUCACCUUGUUCCAUGUUCAUGGUACACCUCAGCUCCCCAAGCCUCAGUGGUGUGUUGUCCACUUUGUUGUGUUGGGUAUACAUUACAUUUUCUUGGAUAUCAUUCCUCUUGACCUCUAUCUGAUACACUAGACAUCGUCCAAAUUGAGCCAAGCUGGGUAGGGUAUGUAAAAUAGU